CAACUAUUCAAGACAGAGCAGAGCAACUCCUAAUUCUUGCUAAUUUUGAUAGUUUGGAUAUCAAAUACACUUGCCAAAUUACAACUAAAACACCGCCUGAAAUCUCAACAAAUCAUCUUUUCAAGAUAUCCACAAUGGCAACAGAAGAGACAAUCCAAAACGCCCGAUCAAAUGUCGGCGAUCAGAGCGACAAUUCCGAAAACAAUACACAUCAAAUGACCCAAGGUUCACAGAAUAACCAGGUUGGUCGAUCCAACACUGGGUCUCAAGAAGCCCUCAAUCAGCCUCAAAACCAACAGCCUAUUCAACCAGCGAGUCAAGAGACGGGAAAGAAAAGCAGCGCACCUCGCGUGAGAUUGGAUAUGGAUCUCGAUGUUGAGUUACAACUGAAAGCGAAGAUCCAAGGUGAUAUUGAAUUGGCCAUAUUGGAGAACUGAGAUCAUCAUUCGGGUUUAAUUGUGGGAGCUUUUCAAAAUCGAGUUAAUGUCUUUAUCAUGAGAGCGAAUAAACAAUAAUAUCAUAAUCCAUC